AUGGUGCUGCGUCCAAUGGAAGCAGGAGCUGAGCCAACACCUCACCGAGCUGCCCAGGCCCUGGGUGCAGCCUUGAACCCAUGUAAGCCGGUGUGUGUGCCCAGAGAAGAGAACUUCUACUACCGCCAUUGGACAGCAGUCGUGGACGGCACUCUGUGUUACGCAGGGCACAGAGACAUCUGUGUGGAGGGGGUCUGCAGGUGCUGGGUGACAUGUGGGGAGGGCCAGCAGGAGUGGGAGGUGGUAUGCAUUGGCGACGGGGGGGGGGGGCACCUCCCUGAUCACCACUGCAGCAGCCUGGCAUGCCCCGUCAACACCCGGAUGUGCUGGAGACCUGCCUACCAGCUGGUCUUACACAUCCAUACCAACGACUGGACCCUGUACACUUGUAGCUGUGGAACUGGCACACAGGUGUGCCAAGUUGUGUGCAUGGACCAGGACCAGAACCCUUAUGAAGGCGAACGCUGCUCAGAGCACACCAAGCCGCACACUGCGGUGAGCUGCAAUACCCAGCCGUGUCCCGGAGCUCAGAUGGUGCCCAGCGUCCAGGACCCUAGGGAUCACGAGAGCUCUCUGCGAGGAUUUGUACCUUAUGGUCAUGGUGAACCAUCAGGUACAGCUGCUGUCUGGAUGGUGUAA